AUGUCCGCGUUGCAUUCCUCCUCGGAAUCCAGCGGAUCACUGCCCCCUCCUGAGCCGGGGAACGAGACAACGGGGCCGCCUCCACUAGAGACGUUAAUCUCUCACCUUGUCGCGGCGAAGAGAUCGUUGUCUUCCAUCAAUCAUGUUUGGCGAGCUAACGAGAUAGUCACCACUGCCCGCUCAACCCUCGAGGAGAGUGUCGUGGUCUCCGCACGGACAGGCUUCUUACGCAGUGGUCUGAACAGUCAACUGAGGCUACUCUACAAUGUUCGAGCCGAGGUAGAGGAAAUCUCAUUGAGGGGGCGGUCGGAAUUUGCCAGUGCGCUCAAAAGCCUAGAUGCAGCUGAUGUGCGGCUCAAGAAGACGAUUGCCCUACUUCAAGAAACAAUUGUCCAUUCUUCUUUUCGGCCUGAAGGGGAAGAUCCUAGGAGUUUACACGACUUUGUGGACGAGCGAGGCGUUGAGGAGCUUCAUGCAACUCUGAAGAGCUCGAUUGAUCGAACAAAUGCCGCGCAAGCGGAGCUCGAUGCGUCCAAUUAUGCCUUCGAUGAUGAGCUCCAGGCAAUCAAAAAGGCGCUUGGAACCUAUCGUGCGGCUACAAAGUUAGCGAACUCUCGUACGUCGCUGUCAUCAUCAGGCUCGCAGUCGGGAUCUAGCAACAGUUUGCCUUCUUUAUCAUCGAUGCCAGCGAUGGUGCAUUCCCUCGAGAUGCACGCGCAAGAAAUGGCGAAUCUGUUAGAAUCAUUGGUGCGCCAUUUUGAUCUCUGUGUCACCGCCGUUAAGCACACGGAAGGUGGAGGCGCGGCUGCUCAAUCCAUUACAGGCGACAUGCCUGAUGGUGUCAUCAGCAGCCGGGGCGGGAAUCACGAAGGGGAUAUUGUCGCAAAUUUGAACGCCCCACUCGACCCCUUGAGUGAUUCCGAAUAUCGGGAAAUGGUGAAUGUCAUCAUCAAUGACGCUGCUGAGGCGGAGGAUGUCGUGAUGGAGAUCCAAGACCGAAUCGGGGAAAUGGAAUCGGUUAUCGAGAACCUGCUUACCCAAAGGAACAGUUUUGCUGCAGUCUACAGCGCCACGAAAGACGUUUUCACCCAUCUAUCAUCCCUUGCUUCCACUCGAUUGCCGGGAUACAUCGCCCAAGCUCACACCUUCACUGGUGUGUGGAAUGAGGAGCACGACCGUAUCAAAGGAGGAUUGGCGGAUCUCUCCGACCUUAGCUCGCUGUACGACGGCUUCCUUGAGGCGUACGACGGGCUUAUCAUCGAGGUAACACGCCGAAAGCACGUCCGUCACCGUGUCGAGAAGAUACUACGAGAUACUCGUCACAAGCUUGAUGCGCUGUAUGAUGAGGACGUCAACGCUCGAGAGACGUUUCGGGUCGAACAAGGCGACUAUCUGCCAUCUGAUAUUUGGCCGGGUUUAAGCCGAGAGCCAAUGCGUAUCGAAUUUUGCCGGAUAUCUGGCGGCCUGCUCAAAGGCGUUCUCCAGGACACUCCUGGACAGGGCCAUGAGCCCAUUGAGGGGAAACACCCCGCGCAGACCCACGAACAAGGGUCCUCUGACCAUGGCGAAAUCAUUCCUGACUUACCGAAGUCACUUGUAGAGCAAGCAAUUGCUCGGUUAAAGAGCAGACAUGCAAUUGACCGCCAGGAGGCCUGA